UUUUGUUUUGAAGUGAGGUUGUCGAUCGCGGAAGGUGUUCGCGCUGUCUUGGCGUUUAUUGUUUUCGGUAGCUGGUUUGUGCCACUCACUCUUCAUGGUGUCUUGUGUUGAGGAAAAGUUAAUGAAAAAAUUCUGAAACUCCAGUUCUUCUAGUCCAAAAAGUUCUUAGAUACUACUCCGUUUGCGCCAAUGUGAUUGUGUAGUUCUAAUGAAAGUGAAACUAAUAAAGCAAGUUCUUCGUUUUUUUCCAUACAGAACUGUUGACAGCUUAUAACGGAUGCCAGUGAAUAGCAUGCUCAUUCUUCUACAUCCUAACUGGACCACAUUUCAAUCACAUCCUCAGUUAAACCCAGAAUGCCGUAGAUGAAUGCUGGCCAGUAAAAUUUAUCUCAAUCGUUUUUCUUCUAACUCAAAAGCACAACAGACCUAGCCAACUAUACAUUCAUCCAUAUAUAGUUACAUAGAAGCCUGCAUCCCAUUGAAGGAGUGUUAAGGGAUAUGUUGAAACUGUGUAAAAUUAAUGCCUGUUCCGAUGGCAUGCUGGGGUUGCAUUUGAGUCGAGCCCCGUGGGACCCAUAUCCUUGGGUAAGCGGAAUCCAGGACACGUCCACUGCAUACUUGGCUGGUAUAAGGAUCGGUGACACAAUUCUUGAAGUGAAUGGAUUCGAUAUAGUUGGACAAAAAAUCUCAGAAUUGGCUGCACUUAUACGAGGACAUUGGAAAAGUGGAGCAAAUGACGUGCAAUUUCUUGUUUGGAGACAUAAAACUGAACCAAACGCUUUAAAUCAACAGUCACUUCAGAAAUUUGCUACAUGUUUUCAAAAUAUCGCCCAAUUGUUAGAAUGUCCUAUUUGCCUUGAGGUCGUGAAACCUCCAGGUUGGCAGUGCUGUAAUGGUCACGUACUUUGCAAUAGUUGUAGACUUCGUACAACGAAAUGUUCUAUCUGUCGUGUCACUUUGGGACCAAGAGGAAGAUGUUUGCUGGCUGAUAAGAUUUUCACACUACUGGCUGAAACAUUUCCUUGCAAUGCAACACCGAAGACCACGGAUACAUCCUGUAAGGAACAGAAAGGCAUUACAAUAGCACGACCCUUUGCUGCCAUCAAAUAUAUUAAACGCAAAAGUAAACAAAUCGUUACGAUAAAAGUUGGUCCCGAAGUAACGGAAAAUGGAAAAGAAUCUCCUGCUCCAGUUGCCACUUCAACCACCCUAAAUAAGAGUUAUCAUUGCCCCACUGGGAAAUCAUGUGUAAACCCUACCUCAAGUGAAGGACACAAGUUCCAGCUACUUUGCAGCCAAUGGGAUGUCUUAACCCAUUUACGUCGAGUCCAUCAACUAUCAGUGACACAACACUAUGGCACGUAUGGUGAACCAAUCGAAGUCCAGCUCAUGAAUAAAUCAAUUUCGUGCAUUUCCCUCAUCCCUGGCGAAGCACCCGAGGAAGGGACGUCGAUUUUAGAUCCCUCCACUCAGCACUCUACUAAAUAUUCUUGUGAAAGGAGCGAUUCCAAAAUUCUGUCCGCUCCGAAUCAGGUAUUAAUGUCCACAAACGAGCGUGGGGAGGAAGGAGGUGAAGAAAGCAUUUUAUCAAAUCGGAGAACUUCAACAGCUCCAGGUGAUGAAGUUUGUGCAAAUGCCAUAGACAGGGCUAACGAUAAAAUUUCCGAGCUGUUCUUUGUAGCAAGGAUGUCAAAUCUAGAGAGACAGCCAAGCGGUGAAGGUUCACAAAAAGGUGGUGGCAACGCUCACGCCCAGGGCAAUGAAAGAUGUGCAAUUUUCAUUUGGUAUUGUGGUAGCGAGGAAAAUGCGAAAAAAUUUCAGGCUGUGAUCGAAUGCAAACGUUCGGAUGCUGCUACUGCCACCGUUACAAAUACUAGCAUCACUCGCAAAUGGAAAGGUUUUAUUCAUCCUCUGACGAAGACAUGGAAUUCAAUUCGAUGCCAGAAGGAAUUUCUCGAAUUGGAAUUCGAUGUUGCGAAUUUUUUCGAUAUUGUGAUCAAAGCUAAAUAAGUUUUUGUACUCUAUAGUUUUUUUGGGAGAACUCAUGGUCUUCCUCAAUAGCUGCAACGGUGUACAUCACCGUGUGGUAUUUGUGUGCACAUUCGUUUAUAUAUUCCUCUGUGUGCUUGAAUGGAAUAUAUUCAAAGCGGUAACAUGUUCUGUACAAAUAACUACAAAAUGAAACUCGAAGUUUCCACAUUAAAG